CGCCCCCCCGCCUUGCUGCCGCGACGACAACCAACCGACCCGAUCCCCCACAUUGUGCCAGCAGUGUAUAUAAGCCGUGCCCACAUCUCACCUCGGGACCCCUCUUCAGAACCUUGAGGGUCACUCUUCUUGCUUGACCAGUGCUACGUAGACCGACACGACACGCUCGCUUGGUACCGUAGACCUCUCUCCCCAUCUCUUCACAUCACCACCACCACCUCCUCCUCCACCCCAUCUCCACCACGAUGACCCAGUACGACGCUGGCGACGAGGAGCAUGCCAUCGUGCACAAGUACCCUCCCACCUCGUUCAGGGGCCAGCUCGAGGGCUGGCACGCCGACCGUGGUGACAAGACCUUCUUCCAGGCCGCCAUCCCCUCGUGGCGCAAGACCAACACGAGCGACGACGAGGUCAUCUACAACCCCAUCAAGCUGCUCGGUCUCCUUGGCUGGAUGGACUGGCUCUACUUCUUCUCGGGCUGGUGGGCCUGGACCUGUGACGGCUUUGACUACUUUGCUGUGUCGGUCACCCUCGCGCCCCUCGAGAAGCAGUUCAACCGCGGCGACCAUGCCCUCACCACGGCCAUCACCCUCACCCUCCUCUUCCGUUCGCUCGGAGCUAUCCUCUUCGGUCUGCUCGCCGACCGCUUCGGUCGCAAGUGGACCCUUGUUGUCAACUUGCUUCUGAUUGCCGUCUUUGAGCUCGCCUCGGGCUUUGUCAACACCUUCCAGGAGUUCCUUGGUGUUCGUGCCAUCUUCGGUAUCGUCAUGGGCGGUAUCUGGGGCCAGGCUGCCGCUACCGCCCUCGAGAACGUCCCCGUCCAGGCCCGUGGUCUCAUCUCGGGUAUCUUGCAGCAGGGUUACGCCGUUGGUUACCUCCUUGCCGCCGUCAUCAACCUCACUGUCGUUCAGAACUCCAAGUACGGCUGGCGCUCGAUCUACUUCAUCGGUGCCGGCUUCUCGCUCUCGGCCGCCAUUAUCCGUGCCUGCCUCCCCGAGUCGCGCCAGUACAUCCUCGCCCGUGAGCAGCUCAAGGCCGAGGGACUCAACCAGGGUGCCACCGCCAAGCGCUUCUUCAAGGAGAUUGGCAACAUGUUCAAGACCAACUGGGUCCGCUGCAUCUGGGGUGUCCUCGUCAUGACCGGCUUCAACUUCUUCUCGCACGGCUCGCAGGACCUCUACCCCAAGUACCUCCAGACCACCAAGUUCCUCACCGCCAAGCAGGCGUCGCGCGCCACCAUCAUCUCCAACUGUGGUGCCGUCGCCGGUGGCACCAUUGCCGGCUACCUCUCGCAGUACGCUGGUCGUCGUCUCACCGCCAUGGUCUUCAUCAUCAUCACCGCGUGCUUCAUCCCCCUCUGGAUCCUGCCCACCAAGUUUGGCGGCCUCGCUGCCGGCGGUUUCUGGGUCCAGUUCGGUGUCCAGGGUGCUUGGGGUAUCGUCCCCAUCUACCUCGGCGAGGUCUCGCCCCCCGCCUUCCGUGCCUCGUUCGCCGGUGUCGCCUACCAGCUCGGUAACAUGGUCUCGUCGGGCGCGGCCCAGAUCGAGGCUACUGCCGGUAACUCGUUGCGCAUCGCCGACCCCACCAAGAAGAACUGCACUGGCUCCUGGGUCGCCUGCUCCAUCCCCGACUACGCCAAGAUCCAGGGCAUCCUCAUCGGUAUCGUUGCUGCCUGGCUCCUCUUCUGGCUCUUCCUUGGCCCCGAGGCCGACGGAGCCCACUUUGAGCAGGCCAAGACUGCCUUCCAGGAGGGUGGUGGUCUUGCCGAGGCCCCCGACUUUGUCGCUCCCCAGCCUGGUCACGAGGGCAAGCACCAGGCCGACCACAUUGAGGACAGCAAGGACCGUGAUGUCGAGAAGGGUCAGACCAUCCACUAGGCGGUGGAUCGGGUCGUUAUUAUGUGAUUAAGCAAAGUAGUAGUAUUUUCCGUAUCAAACCUCUAGUCACCACCCAUUUCCGCGUCGCGAGGCCAGGGGGCUCCAAAAGGCCACAGGCCACAGCACGGGGGAAAUGCACUGUACUUUAGGCGGUCAUAAUAGGUAUGCAGGGAGCAUGUGUG